ACGCGAGGUGGCGGUGCCGGCACGGCCGCGGAGCCAGGGCCGCCGCCCCCCGGUAAAGAGCGGGGGGGUAGGUGGGCUGCGGCGGCGCCGAGCGGGGCCCGCCUCCCGCCGCCGGUCACCCCGCCGCCGCCGCGCGUGGGGCGCUGCUGGGGAGAUGAGCGGUGCGAGCGGCGUGACAGCGCCACGGGCCUGCCCCAAAGUCACGGGUGGGGGGGCAGCCGGGAGCCCCCCGCGCCGGGCCGGGGCCGAGGGGGGCGGAGCGGGGCGGAACUUUCCCCGAACUCGGGGGGAGCGGGCUGCAGCGCCCCCCGGCAGCCGCCCCGGUGCUGGCCCGGUCCCGGCCCGACUCCUUUAAGAUGAUGCAAUCGGCGUCGCCCUCCGCGCCCCCGUCCCCGCGGCGCUAAGCCGAGCCCAGCCGAGCCGCAGGGCGCGGGAGCGGCCCCACGGGCCCGGGGUGGGGGGGGGGUACCGGGGGGCCAUGGCCGCCCAGCCCGCUGCUGCCCCCGGAGCCCCGCAGCCCCCGGCGCCGGCCGCGGGGUUUCUGCAAGUCAUCUGAGGCAGGCGGACCCCGCCCCGCCCCGCCCCGCCCGCACUCGGGGAGGGGGGGCGUUUGGUGCUUCUCCCCCAUCGCCUCGCUUUCCCUCGUCCCCCGCCACGGUUAACUUUCCCGUGAGUCGGUUCCACUCCUGAGACCUACAUGGAUGUCGCUAAGAGCGCUUCUCUCGCCUUGGCCGUCCCUCGCCGGGAGCGGCUCUCACACCGCCCGGGCUCUGCGUGCCUCUACGCGUGUCCCGAGUGUCUCCACAUCGUGCUUUCCUUUCCAAGGGCUACGCGUUAAUUGUAACGAGACCUGCAAAUGACCAUAGGCUUGGCUUGACCUUGAUUUCGAUGGCUUUGUUGGAAGAUCUAACGAUGUGAUUGCGUUUCAUGAAGUGAUUGCUCUCCAGCCUCUAUGGCUUAGGCUGUAAGCCACUUCUGCCACACUGUCACUCGUGGACAAUUCAGAUUUUCUUUAAACAAACCUUUUGCCUGUUUUUAUUUUCUCGCUUCCCGCACCACCCCCCCUCACCCCCCCAUUUCUCCUCAGUGUUGGGAGCCUUGUUCUGCACUUUGAUGUGAUUGAUAGUCCUGCUGCUUUGUGCUGCUGAAUUCUGUUUUAAAGUACAAUGGCUCUAAGUGGCAACUGCAGGACUUACCUUCCUCCUCGAGAGCAGGGGACGGGGCUGCACUCCUUCCCGGAGGUAGUGGAGCUGAACGUGGGCGGCCAGGUUUACUUCACUCGCCACUCCACCUUGGUUGGCACCCCUCACUCCCUGCUGUGGAAAAUGUUCACCCCAAAGAGAGACACGGCCAACGACCUGGCCAAGGACUCCAAGGGAAGAUUCUUCAUCGACAGAGAUGGUUUCCUUUUCCGCUAUAUUCUGGACUAUCUCAGGGACAAGCAAGUGGUUCUGCCCGACCACUUCCCGGAGAAGGGAAGGCUCAAGAGGGAGGCCGAGUACUUCCAGCUCCCGGACUUAGUCAAACUCCUGACUCCCGAUGACAGCAAGCAAAGCCCCGAUGAUUACUGCCACAGUGACUACGAAGAGGUCUCCCAGGGCAGCGACACGAGAAUAUGCCCACCCUCAUCGCUCUUACCGCCUGAUCGGAAGUGGGGAUUCAUUACCAUCGGGUACCGGGGGUCAUGCACUAUCGGCAGGGAGAGCCAAGCAGAUGCCAAAUUCAGGAGGGUCCCAAGGAUUUUGGUUUGUGGAAGGAUUGCUCUGGUCAAAGAGGUCUUUGGAGAAAGUUUGAAUGAAAGCAGAGACCCAGACAGGGCCCCGGAAAGGUACACAUCCAGGUUUUAUCUCAAGUUCAAGCACCUGGAGAGGGCUUUCGACAUGUUGUCCGAGUGCGGAUUCCACAUGGUGGCCUGUAACUCCUCGGUGACGGCUUCCUUCGUCAACCAGUACACAGACGACAAGGUCUGGUCCAGCUACACCGAAUAUGUCUUCUACCGUGAGCCCUCCCGGUGGUCCUCGUCCCACUGCGACUGCUGCUGCAAGAACGGCAAAGGCGACAAGGAGGGAGAGAGUGGCACGUCGUGCAACGAGCUGUCGACAUCGAGCUGCGACAGCCAGUCGGAGGCCAGCUCCCCCCAGGAGACCGUCAUCUGCGGCCCCGUCACCCGCCAGCCCAACAUACAGACUCUGGACCGGCCGGCCAAGAAGGGGCCGGUGCAGCUGCUGCAACAGUCCGAGAUCCGGAGGAAGAGCGACCUGCUCCGGACUCUCACCUCUGGCUCCCGGGAGUCCAACUCUAGCAAGAAAAAAGCAGUGAAGGAGAAGCUCUCCAUUGAGGAGGAGCUAGAAAAAUGUAUCCAGGAUUUCCUCAAAAUCAAAAUCCCAGACAGGUUUCCAGAAAGGAAACAUCCCUGGCAAUCUGAACUGCUGCGGAAGUACCACCUAUAGGCUCAGGGUGGGCAAAGCACAUGACCUUAUUACCGUUAGAGCAAGAUUCUAAGUGAUACGAAAAUAAUUCCCAAUAAUAAUUAUUUGUUAGGUCACACACACAAAAAAACCCA